UGCAUCAUUUUUGCACCAGUGCUUUGCUGCUUUAGCAUGGGUGCACCCACCAAGGUGCCCCAGGCACUGAAGCCCCUGGGUGACCUGCAGGGUGGAGGAUGGGUUUAUAGGUUAUAGCCACUUACAGAAGUUGCUCAUGGUACCCAUGCUUUGCAGUGCAGGAGAGUUCAGCUGUCAUUCAGUGACGUGGAAGGUUAAAAUCUCCUCAACAUUGUAAGUAGUUUAGGGACUGGAUCAUUUCCAGGCUCUCUGUGCAGCACCCAACACAACUGGUUGGGUGCUUGACAGGGAUUUCCACACAUAUGCCAAUACCAAUAAAGCAAUAAAACCAUCAAAUAUAAUCUAGUAAAAGAGAAGAAACUCUGCCCUCUGUGGCUGCUGUGCUGGAGGAUAAGGCAGUCCCUGACAGGCAAUAAAGGCUGCCUGGACCUUUAAGAGCUGCUGUUGCCAGUUCAGCUCUUCCUGGGACCUUUGGAGCAGCGCAGGGUGGAAAGCCUGAGCUGACUGCGUGCGAGGUGAGCUCUGCAUGCCUGAUCUUUAACUGCAUCCUGCAGCUCUGGGUCAGCCCCUCUGGGAAAGCUCCCCCCUGUGAGUCUGCACAGCCUGUGCACAGCCCUGCAGGUGUAUUAGCAAAGCACAAACUACAGGAACCGAGGCUGAUGGCAAAAUGAACAUUCAGGAGUAUUUUGGAAGAAUAUCUUACAACAAGCCCCAUAAGGAUGCAGACUUGCAAACCCUGACAGCCAUCUUCCAGCAUCACAUCCACAGCAUUCCUUUUGAGAACCUCAGCAUGCACUGUGGGGAGCCCAUCGAACUGGAUUUGCAGGCUAUUUACAAUAAGAUUGUGAGAAAGAAACGUGGUGGGUGGUGCCUGGAAACCAACUACCUCCUCUUCUGGGCCUUGCAAGAAUUAAGGUAUGAUGUCUGUAUUCUUGGUGCAAACAGCUAUGAACCAGCACAGAAGGGAUAUGGUGCUCAGAUGAACCAUCUCCUGCUGAAGGUGGUGGUGAAAGGAGAGCCCUACAUAGUGGAUGCUGGGUUUGGUGGGGCCUACCAGAUGUGGCAGCCGCUGAUGCUGAUUUCUGGGAAGGACCAACCCCAGGUUCCUGGCAUUUUCCGCUUCGUGGAAGACAACGGCACCUGGUACUUGGAGAAAGUCAAAAGGAAGCAUUGCAUUGCUGAGCACAGCAAGGAUGAAUUCCCUCAUACCCCAGAACUGGGGAAUAUCCGAAAAAUACAUAAAUUUACCCUCGAGCCACGGCACAUAGAUGACUUCCAGGAGCUAAAUGCAUACCUCCAAGUGUCUCCAGAUAACCUCCUUCGGAAGAAGUCAAUCUGCAGUCUCCAAACCACCAAUGGGGUCCUUGCCUUGGUUGGAUGGACCCUCAGUGAGAUGAAGUACAGCUACACAGAGGACAUGGACCUGGUGGACAUCACAACCCUUACAGAUGAAGAGGUUGAGAAGACACUGAAAGAUAAAUUCAGUAUAGAACUGGAGAACAAACUCGUACCAGUAAACGUUCGUGGCUUGCCACCUAAUUUAGUGGAUAAGAUUUAA